AUGGCAGACAUCAAACUUCAUAAUGUCCGACCAAUGUUCGAGCUGCGAGGUCGCAAUUAUAUUGUAACAGGUGGCCUCGGAGGUAUCGGCUUCGCAGCUGUGCGGUCUCUUUGCGAACUGGGGGCCAAUGUCGCCGUCUUAGACAUUCACGGUAAGUCGAAGGAUGUAUUCUCUGGCAUCGAAGACGAGUUUGGUACCAAGGUGUACUACUUUCAGACCGACGUCACCAAACUCGACAGCCUAAAUGCUGGUGUCGAUCAGGCCAUUGAGGCUCUCGGAUCGCUUGAUGGAUGUCUACCCUGCGCAGGGAUCAACUGCAACAAACCAUUUGUUGACCAGUCGUGGGACGAUUUCACGCGCAUUCAGGAAAUUAAUGUGCGAGGAACAUACUUCACUGUCCAGCGCGUGGUCAAGCAGCUGAUUAAGCAAGGAACCCCUGGUAGCAUUGUCAUGAUGGCGUCUCAGUGCGCUCACAUCGCUAUCCCAGGUUGCCGCAUGUCAUCCUACAACGCGUCCAAGGGUGGCGUUCUUAUGCUCACAAAAGCACUCGGGGUCGAGCUGGCCAAGCACAACAUUCGCGUCAACUCGAUCUCACCUGGGUACGUAGAUUCUCAGAUGUUCAGGGAUGUGUUGGCCACUCAGAGUGAGCGGGAUGCGAAACAGCCAUACCAGGCCCCGCCAUUGAGGCGCCUCAGCGACCCAAAUGACCUUACGCCUGCUAUUAUUUAUCUUUUUAGCGAUGCGUCUAGACACAUUACGGCUACAGACAUCAAGAUCAUGGGUGGUUUGGACGCUGGGCAGAUUGACGGACACAUUACCUACGAAUAA